AUGACGGCAAUAUUGAAUCUAGACAGUCUCCAAACAUUUUGUGUUCUUCACAGUUUUAGGAAGUGCAAUGACACGGCAACAAAGUUCUUUGAUUGCCAAAAUGUAGUUUAUACUGACCUACGACAGGAAAAUGACGUCUCCACUUUACCUGUCCGAACUAAUGGACAAAGAGAUUACUUCUCCACUUUACCUGUCCGAAAUAUUGGACAAAGAGAUGACCUUUCCACGUUACCCAGAGAUGACCUCUCUACGUUACCUGUCCGAAAUAAUGGACUAAGAGACGAACUCUCCACGUUUACUGUCCGGAAUGGACAGAGAGAUGACCUCUACACGUUACCUGUCCAAAAUAAUGGACUAAAAGAUGACCUCUCCACGCUACCAAGUGAUAAACUCUCUAUUUUACCAGUCCGAAAUGGACAGAGAGAUAACCUCUCCAGGUUUGCUGUCCGAAAUAAUGGACUAAGAGAUGACCUCUCAAAUUCAACAAUCCGGAAUAACGGACCAGUAGGUGACCUUUCACCUUUAAUCAUUAUCGGAAAUCAAUUUGAACUUUCUAACCAACGGGAUGUUGCCAUAACGACAGAGAACAGUGUUCUUUCAGUUUAUUCCAUCAUCAUCAUCAAUCACCAGCAUCAUCAUCAGAAACAAGAACAGAAUAACAGCCACCAUUACCACCAAAACUACUGUAACUACUACGACUACUACUCUCAGCAACAGUGCCACGGUUUCGAAACACACUUGUUGCAUAUCCAUCAUCAUAACAACAACAACAGCAGCAGCAGCGGUGAUAACUAUUCCACAGAAAUCACAGCUGUCAGGGCAACUACUACUACUACUACUACUACUACUACUACUACUACAACUACUACUACUAGUAAUGAUGGUGAUGAUGUUGAUGAUAAUACAUCACUCUGCCAGGUGGACAACAGCAGCGACACACGACGACGGAAUAACUCAACUGCGACUCCCUUGUGUCUCGGCAUCGCUGCCGCCGCCGCUGCCGCCGCCGCCGUCUCCAACAGCGGCGACACCUGCAGCGGCAGCACCAGUUCUUCAACCAAGGAUCCCAACGGCACCUCAUGGAUUACAAAAAGCUACCAUGAAAAUGCAAUCAACCGUAAAAUCGACAACAACAACAACAAAAACCGGAACGACAAUAACAACAACAACAACAAUAACAACAAGAGGAAUAAUAAUAAUAAUAAUAAUAAUAAUAAUAAUAAUUCUCAUCGACAACCUGUUGUUGGCAAAUGUAGUAAAUGUGAUCAAAGUGUCUGUGAGUGUCACAGAUAUUCGAAGCGAGAUCGAAACGUGCACCUCGGGACUUCGGCCAAAGGUGCCGAGGUCGGAAAGCAAACCAGUCGUUUGUCGCAGAUAUUUGUGAAGAAAUCGCCAAAUCUUACACAUGAGAUGUCGCGAAGUUGGCCUUUGACUCAGAUACGAUAUCUCACACAGUCUCUGAUGUUCAGAGUGAUACUCUGUCUAAUUCUCAUACCAACCAUCUUAGCAUAUCCGAAACCGAUCCUCGUGGAGAAAGCUAACCAGACGAUCGUAGUGUUCCAUACGGCUCCGUGUCGUCCGCUGUCAAGGGACCAACUCCGAAGCCAGCUGGGAGAGGCCUACGACAAGGGCCGAAUGGCUGAGGAUGAACAAACGGUGAAGCGAAGCAUCCAAGCGGCGACUUCGAACCCUCGUCGAGAAGAACAGUUGAAUGAUGCUGAGAUAGAUGACGGCUACUUAAGUGACCAACCUAUGAGCAGAAGACGACGUAACUAUGGUGAUACGGAAUUUGGUAGACAAAAAUAUGACGACGACGACGACUAUGAAGAAACUGAAUACGAUGAAGAUGACAGUUAUUUAGGAGACGAAGAUGAUGAUGAUGAUGAUCGUGAUUACCAUGACGACGAUGAUGAGACAUUUGAUGAUAAUGAUGAAGACGAUGAUAGUGAUGAUGAUGAUGAUGAAGGGUUUAAGGAUGAAGACGACGAUGGCAAUUUUAAACGUAAUAAUAAUGGUAGAAAGAAAAAUAGGAGAAAAAAUGGAUCGAACAAGAAUGGGCGUCGUCGCCACCGACGCAGGAAUCAAAGGAUUAGAAAUUUAGGUGGCGGCAAAAUUCGUCGAAAAAGCAGACGAGAACAUCUCACGUCUAAACGGCGACAUUUUUAUUCACAGAUCAAUCACAAAUUGAAACCUCGCAAAAACAGAAGCAGACUUCCAACCGAUGCCCGCAAAAAGUCCCCCAAUCUUAGAUCGGGUCUUGUCCGUGGCAAGAGAGACGUCGGCAGAUCGAACAAACGAAACCAAACUAGAAAAACUGGUCCUUAUAUUAAAGUAACCAUUUCAGUGAAACAUCGAGGGCGACAGUUGCAGCGUCACAAACGAACCGGUCGUGCCGCUGAAAUGUCAGCCAAUUGGCAGUGUGAAAUGGAGACCGACUGGAAACGAAUGGACGAUGGAUAUUUUCCGCCAUAUUUACAAACUGGAAAGUGUAAAUCGAAGUCUUGCUUCUUCGAUUUCUACAGGUGUAUUCCCAAAAGAUAUACGAUAAAAGUUCUCAAAAGAGAUCCCUUCCGCUGUAACCCAAUCCCCACGUUCGGACAAAACACCACUUACGAAGAAAAAUGGAUAUUUGACAAAUAUCACGUGACUGUUUGUUGCCAAUGUGGCAAAGCGAGACUGAGGACGUCGAGACGCCGUCAAAGCAAUCGACGGUCGAGACCACGUUGAUGAAACGUUUGUUUUAUAACUACUUUUAUUAUUUUGCAACAUUUAUUAAAUAAUAAUGUUGCCUCGGGUUUUUUUAUUAAUUUAAAAAAUAUAUAUAUAUACCAAAAAGCAAGCAUACCAAAUUUAAAUAAUUUAAAGAAAACAAGGAUGUGUGUGUGUGUAUGUAUAUAUAAACAUUGUAUGAUUGUGUGACUGGAAAUAGAUACAUAUAUGUAUGUAUGUAUAUGUGACGGAAACGGAUUGACAGUUUGUAUAGUGACAAGGGGGGGGGGACAAGGGCGAGAGAAAAGCUUUGAAUGUGAUGUAAGUGAAACGGAAUUGGGCAGAAGACGGUUUGUCGUUGUACGUCAAGUGUCGUGCCUGGAAACGUUACCUUUGAGUUAUUUUUCUUGGCAUUGGAAAAACGUGUGAAGAAGAAAAUAGGGGACUUAGAACGCAACACAGCACUCACAUAUGCGGCGCGCGCUGGCACACAUGUAUGCGUGUGUGUACGCAUGCGUAUAUGCGUGUACAUAUGUGUCUAUUUCUGUUUGUUUGCAAUUAUACUUUUAUAUUUAAAUACAUACAGAUGCCUACAUAUGUAUGCAUGUGUGUACACAAAUGUGUUAAUAUAUAUAUGUGUAUAUAUAUAUACGCGCACCGUUAGACUUAUAAAUAUGUGAACUGUAGUGUUUUUUUUUUUUAAUUGUGUAUAUGUGACCAAGUGUUUGUA